GAGAGAGAUAGAUUUGUGUUUUGCAGACACCCCUCCAUUAUGACUUGGCAUCGCCCAGAUUGUAACAGUUUCUCUGUAGGUUUCCUGUUCAGUUACUUGAAGGGACUGACCAUGGCGGCCACAGAGAUAGCUCGGCAGAUGGGUGAAGAGUGCCGUACUCUUCCUCUUUCUGGGCAUGUGGGAUUUGACAGCCUGCCGGACCAGCUGGUUAACAAAUCAAUUAAUCAUGGCUUUUGUUUCAAUAUCCUCUGUGUGGGAGAAACCGGUCUUGGAAAAUCCACCCUUAUGGAUACAUUGUUUAACACAAAGUUUGAGGGGGAGCAAAGUUCUCACUCCCAGCCUGGAGUUCAGCUGAAAUCCUGCACAUACGAUCUCACAGAGAGUAACGUACGUCUGAAAAUAAUGAUUGUCAAUUCCAUAGGAUUUGGGGACCAAAUUAACAAGGAAGACAGUUACAAGCCCCUUGUGGAGUUCAUUGAUUCCCAGUUUGAAGCCUACUUGCAGGAAGAGCUGAAGAUUAGGCGAGUUCUUCAUAACUACUACGAUUCUCGUAUUCAUGCGUGCCUGUACUUCAUCGCCCCAACUGGCCAUUCUCUGAAAUCUAUAGACCUGGUCACUAUGAAGAAACUAGACAGCAAGGUUAACAUCAUUCCUAUCAUUGCAAAGUCGGACUCCAUUUCAAAAAGUGAACUAACCAAAUUUAAGAUUAAAAUCACGAGUGAGCUGGUCAGUAAUGGCGUGCAGAUCUACCAGUUUCCCACUGAUGAUGAAACUGUGGCGGAAAUUAAUGGGACAAUGAAUGCUCACUUGCCGUUUGCAGUUGUUGGGAGUACAGAGGAAGCCAAAAUUGGAAACAAAAUGAUGAAGGUCCGGCAAUACCCAUGGGGCACUGUUCAAGUUGAAAAUGAAUCGCACUGUGACUUUGUAAAGCUUCGGGAAAUGCUUAUACGGGUGAAUAUGGAAGAUCUGCGGGAACAGACGCACACACAUCAUUAUGAAUUGUACCGACGGUGCAAGUUAGAGGAAAUGGGGUUCAAGGACACAGACCCUGACAGUAAACCAUUCAGCCUACAAGAGACAUAUGAAGCAAAAAGAAAUGAGUUUCUGGGUGAUUUGCAGAAGAAAGAGGAAGAAAUGCGACAGAUGUUUGUGCAAAGGGUAAAAGAGAAGGAAGCCGAAUUAAAAGAAGCAGAAAAAGAGCUCCAUGAGAAGUUUGACCGUUUGAAGAAAUUACACCAAGACGAGAAAAAAAAGCUUGAGGAUAAGAAGAAAAGCCUGGAAGAUGAAGUCAACGAAUUUAAGAAACGUAAGACGGCAACAGAGUUACUCCAGUCCCAAGCACAACAAGCAGGAGGAUCACAAACCCUAAAAAGGGAAAAGGAGAGGAAAAACUUCUUUUAAUCUGUCUUCACAUCUGUCAGAAGGAGAAGACUGCUCUGUAGAAGAUGUAGAGGUCCUGUUUUAUCUGGGAAUGGGAAAGGAAUAAUAGUUAAAAAAGCAAACAAACCACAUAAUUAUCCUAACCAAUGGUGUCAAUAAUUGAACGGUGUGCUUCUGUGACUUGCAUGGUAUCCAUUGAGGAAAUGGUUAACAUUUGAAGGUAUAUGCAGCAUAUUUUUAAUAAAACUAAACCGUACUGCAUAUUAACAUCCUUCACUAACAAGAGCACUUAAACAUAGUGUAACAAUUGACAUGUUUGCUAUGGACAUUGGCUAAUGCAUACUGCUGUUCUAUAUACCCAGAGAGCAAUGCUCAGGUCAGUGCUGACAAGGA